UUGGACUUGGCGCUUCUACGCUUUAUUUUACCUGUGGUUGCCUUGCCGCUGAUUGGAAAACAAAACGUGUCGGAAGAAUCAAAACGAUUCAAAACGUUUAGGUUUAGCUUUUUUUUACAGUUGCUACUCAAAAUAAUUGUUGAACAUGGAUUCCCGAGGGCCACCAGGACCGCAGUCUAGCAAAAGAAAGCCUAACUGGUACUCCAACACGCAAAAAAAGCGAAAGCAGUUUGUGCUUGAAGCCGGGAUGAAAGGCUUUUUAUGCACGUGCAACUUUCAAGAGAAAAAUUGCAUACGAGACGCUUACAGAUUGUUAAACGAAUUUGCGGACAAAGCCGAGGGUCAAGAUUCCAAAGUCGAUGUUGAAGUUGAAGAAGUUAAGGAGGCAGUUGAUCCCCAGAUGGAAGUUGAAGUAGUACAGGUGGCACUAGAAGUUCCCGAUGACGUAGCUGUAAAACCCCUGGUUAAAGAUCCAGCACCCGAUAUUGAAGUUGAAGAACUUCCGGCUGAAGUUGUAGAUCCCCAGGUUGAAGUUAUUGAGCCCCAGCUCGUAGUUGUGGAUCCAGAUGAGGACAAUGAAGAUAUUUCAACUGCUUUAUCUAAGGAAAUUGACCAACUUAACGCGGAAGUUGAAACACCAGGGGAUCGAAGAAAAUUCCAGGCGGUGGAAACCGGUGUAAAAAAUACACUUUUCAUACAAACCAGUGUUCCUGAUCCAUUGAAGCUAGCGUUGUCAAUCAUAAAGGAUGUGUACACCACUAAAAAGCAACGUUCCAAGUUUUUGUUAAGAUUGGUUCCAGUUGAAAUUGUGACUAAAGCAAACUUGGAUGAUUUAAAGUCUAAAGCCAAUACCGUCUUAGAAAAAUACUUUUCUCAAGAACCGAAGACUUUCAGUAUUAUUUUCAACCGACACAGUAACAGCAACAUGCAAAGGAACGCCGUCAUCGAGGAGCUGGGGGAAAUAAUUACGAAUAAAAAUCCAGGCAACAAGGCAAAUUUGAAGAAUCCUGAAAUUGCUGUUGUGGUAGAAGUUAUUCGUGGCUUCUGUCUCCUUUCAGUAGCCCCAAACUAUAUGACCUACAAAAAGUACAACUUGUUAGAAAUGUGUAAUCCAACUCAGCAACAGCAGAAGGAUUCGAAAGACACGAAUGAUCUUGCUGCUGCAAAAAAUGAUGAUGUUCCAGGGGUGGAAGACGAUAAAAUAAUAGCAUAACCAUCAAAGAACUUUUUUGACUGAAAAUAAUUAAGCACUUUAUUUUUCUCGUACUAAUUUAAGAAUUAAUUUUGUCGAACUACUAUUUACUUCAAUAUGCGAAGUAUACAUUUGUAGUUUGAAGAAACGCUUUUUGACGCUCCUUUGAAAACCAAGUGUUCAAUGUGAGCGUUGUGAAGUUUUCUUUGAGGAGUUGAAACAUUUGAGAUAUUUUAUUUAAUUUUUCAUUGUCACUUGUAAUUGCGACACUAAAAUGCAAUUAAAAAUCUAUAAUUGCA